AUGGUGGAUCCGGGACCGAUUACGCCGGGCCAGGUAUCUUUUCUACUUGGAGUAAUCCCAAUAUUUGUUGGUUGGAUAUACUCGGAGCUACUUGAGUACAGGAAAUCUUGGGUUCCUUUGAAACCUCACUCGGAUAAUAACCUGGUUGAAUUGGAAGACGUAGCAGAGAAAGACGAUGACAAAGCUGAUUUAUUGGAAGGUGGUCUUGCCCGAUCGACAUCUGUAAGAUUCCAUAAUUCAUCCAUCAGAACCAACAUAGUAAGGUUUUUGAGUAUGGAGGAUUCGUUUCUGCUGGAACACCGAGCGACCUUGAGAGCAAUGUCGGAGUUAGGCGCAAUCUUGAUAUAUUUCUAUAUCUGUGACCGCACGGAAUUGCUUGGAGAUUCUGCCAAGAAUUACAACCGAGACCUUUUCCUUUUCCUCUACAUUCUUCUCAUCAUAGUAUCAGCCAUGACAUCUCUCAGAAAGCACAACGACAAGUCUCCCAUUACCGGGAAGUCCAUUCUUUACCUUAACCGCCACCAGACUGAAGAGUGGAAAGGAUGGAUGCAGGUUUUGUUCUUAAUGUAUCACUACUUUGCCGCGGCUGAGAUAUACAACGCAAUCCGUAUCUUCAUCGCUGCUUACGUCUGGAUGACUGGUUUUGGAAACUUCUCGUACUACUACAUCAGAAAGGAUUUCUCUGUGGCACGUUUUGCGCAGAUGAUGUGGAGGCUGAACUUCUUUGUGGCAUUUUGCUGUAUUGUUCUCAACAAUGACUACAUGCUCUAUUACAUCUGCCCUAUGCACACUCUCUUCACCCUGAUGGUUUACGGAGCUCUGGGUAUCUUCAGCAAGUACAAUGAGAUAGGCUCCGUGAUGGCAUUAAAGAUAUUUUCAUGCUUCCUGGUUGUCUUUGUGAUGUGGGAAAUUCCUGGAGCUUUUGAAAUAUUCUGGAGUCCAUUGACAUUCUUGCUAGGUUACAGUGACCCUGCCAAGCCUGAUCUUCAUCGGUUGCAUGAAUGGCACUUCAGAUCAGGCCUUGACCGUUACAUAUGGAUCAUUGGAAUGAUUUAUGCCUAUUUUCACCCUACUGUGGAGAGAUGGAUGGAGAAGCUAGAGGACUGUGAAACGAAGAAAAGACUAUCAAUCAAGACCGCUAUAGUUACUAUUGCUGUGCUUGUUGGCUAUGUUUGGUAUGAAUGUAUCUACAAGCUGGACAAGACCAGUUACAACAUGUAUCACCCUUACACAUCUUGGAUUCCCAUAACUGUUUACAUAUGUCUUCGGAAUUUCACACACCAGCUUCGAAGCGUGUCAUUGACUCUCUUCGCGUGGCUUGGCAAGAUCACUUUAGAGACUUACAUUUCCCAGUUUCAUAUAUGGCUAAGAUCAAACAUGCCUGAUGGGCAACCAAAAUGGCUUCUUUCCAUCAUUCCUGGAUACCCUAUGCUCAACUUCAUGCUCACAACCGCAAUAUACGUCCUUGUAUCUCACCGUCUCUUUGAACUUACCAACACGCUCAAGACGGUUUUUGUACCUACAAAAGACAACAAACGUCUUUUAUCAAACCUUAUAGCUGGGAUCGCCAUUGCUCUUCCUCUGUAUUUCUUCUCUUUUGUGCUUCUUCAGAUUCACCGCUAA